AUGCAGGAGCGGUUGCUCCACAAGGUGGGGCCCGUGUUGCGCUGCUCCGAAGAGACCAAGACCCAGGUCCGCCGUGCCCUCUGGGCGGUUGUGAGGCUGAAGUGCACUAGCAAGAUCACAGCUUACUUCAGGCUUAACCUUCUGGGCUCAAGUGAUCCUCCCACCUCAGCUUCCCAAGUAGCUGGGACCACAGGCAGGGUGACCACGGGCUCAGGCAAAGGGAAGGAGGCGGUGCGUCUGGCUGCGAUCCGGCCCAGAGGGGGCGGGGCCUCCGGGACCGGGCUUUCAACGCGCACUCUCGGAUGCGCAGCGGAACCCGCCCUCCGAGCCCAGAGAGGCGCUGCUGCCACUGCCGCCUUACCGCCGCCGCACCGCUGCCGCACCGCCGCUGCCUCAGUCAUGCCGAAGCACGAGUUCUCCGUUGAUAUGACCUGUGGAGGCUGUGCUGAAGCUGUCUCUCGGGUCCUCAAUAAGCUUGGAGGAGUUAAGUAUGACAUUGACCUGCCUAACAAGAAGGUCUGCAUUGAAUCUGAGCACAGCAUGGACACUCUGCUUGCAACCCUGAAGAAAACAGGAAAGACUGUGUCCUACCUUGGCCUCGAGUAGCAGGGACCUGGUCCCCACAGCCCGCAGGAUGGACCAAAGGGGGCAGGCUCCUGAUCCUCCCCUGGCUUCCAGACAGACCUGGGACUUGGCAGUCUUGCUGAGCAAUGGUGUUCCUGCAGAGACCCUCAGUUGUUCUGUUCCUUUCUAGCUUCCUUGAAAUAAAAUCGAGCUGCUUUUGUUGGA